UACAGGCGAGGUCGUCGGAAUAGGUGCACCAUAGUUCACCUGUAAUUGACGGCAUAUUUACACGUUCUACUGUGUCCAUAGCAAUGAAAAGGUGGUCUCUCUGCGGGUCUGGUGGCCGAGCAACAUUUCAUCUGAAAACAGUCUUUUGUAUGGAAGCAUGUGUUUUAAUCUGAAGGCUUGAGUGAAUAAUCUUUAGGUAUAGACUUUAUCGAACCAAACAUGGCCGACUCCACUGAUGAGAAAGACGACACGACAGAGCCACUGCAGCUGUCCUACUACUGUAUGAUGGAGAAAGACAAGCCUCCACUCCAGGUGAAGACCUUGCUAGAACUGACAGCACAGGAGUUAGAGACGGAAAAAGAAACCCAAAAGAGGCUACCUUUCCGUUUCGUUGCUGUCAUUGAUGAGAGCGGCAGUAUGGAAAGCACUAUUGGAGAGGAGACCCUGAUCGACAAGAUGAAGGUGUUUGCAGAACUGUUGGUGAAGAGUUUCCAGGAGGAGGACAUGCUUGGCAUUGUGGGAUUUGAUAGCGACAUCCGCAUCAUUCUGCCGAUCACCAAAAUGGACAAAGAUGGGAAGGCGGAGGCUGCCAAAAGAAUAGAGAACAUCCGUGCUUGGUCGCGUACUAACCUCAGUGACGGCAUAAUUAGUGGCGUGGAACUUUUCAAGGAUUCAGACCAGGAGUCAAAUUUCCGGAAUGGAAUCAUUGUGUUCACGGACGGAGUAGCGAACGAAGGUAUCUGUGACGCGGAUGGAAUCGUUGAAGCUUUCAACGCUGCAAAAGAAGCAUCAUUCUCCACCAGUACCUGCCUUCCCAUCUCCACCUUUACAAUCGGUGGCUACCGUCCAGAUCUGCUGUACCAGAUCAGCCAGCGGCUCGGCAGUGACUCGUUCUUCUGGAUCAAUGACUUCGACAACUUCGAGGCCGACAUGAUGAUCCCGGUUUACCUUCGUGAAACUUCGCUCGUCACGGACAUCCUCGUCAAUCUUCGGGCCAUCAACGGCGUGACCUUCGACAUCGAGAAGAUGAAGAGCAGCAGGAUGGUGGAUCCUCCCGACGGCGAGUCAGACUGCGUGUCCACCGCGUAUUACUUCCACGACAUUUCUGCCGACAUGUUCAAGCACAUCCCGUGUUACCUGAACAUACCGGACGACUACGAAGACGCUCUGGGGGACAAAGGCAUCAUGGAGGUUCACAUCACCUACCGUGACUUUCACAGCAAGCAGAGAGACAUCAACGCCGUUAUUCCUUUCAUAAGAAUCACGCUCGCAGACCUGAAGAUGGACAAAUGGCGGAAGGACAGAGGCUAUGAAGAAACGAGGGAGGGUAAGGCUUCUACCGACAAAAGUGAAAAGAACGAGAAGGUCGUGGUGAAAAAGGAAGGCGAUCUGACGAUCGACGCUGGUGACACGUCCCAAGUGACAGAGGAGGUGACAAGUCUUGAGGAAAGAAUGGAAGAAAUUGUUGUGGAUGAGGCAAGAGAAGGAACUGUCGCGGUAGAUAAUGACCAAGCGCAGAAAGAUGAGGCACAUCAGAAGAUGAACAAGGAGGAAGAAAAAAUCAGAACAUCUGGGAAAGCACAAGACGUCAACGACAUCAAUGGUGAAGAACAAAGAGAGCAUAAAGAAAAGAUAAACCACGAGGACGAGGAAAAUGCAAGACAUGGUUCAAGCACCGACACCAGCGUUCAAGCAGAAAGAGAUCAGAAGAACAUGUCAUUGAAAGCCAACACCACAGCCAACGAAGGCGAGACCGUUCUCCCCAGAGAUACCAAACCUCUGGACGAGUACAUCCCAACAGAGAUGGAGCUCCAGACGAUCGCCUACCAGUCUCCCCACGUUGCCCCGGAGCUGGACGAGGUGACCAGAGCCGAGCAGACCAUCGCGAAGAUCGCGCAGGAGGAGUGUAGAACCAUGACGGUGGACGGCAUCAACACAUCAGCCGACUGCAUGGAAGAAACUGUGUUUGAUGUGUCCCAAUUCAAAGCAACCAUCAGCGAGACAAAGAACAACAUCAACCAGACAAAGACACAUGUGAACACUAUUCUUUCUGAAGAGACAGUGGUAGUGGUGACGGAGUACGCAGAUUCCAUGAUCGGCCACCUGGAUGUUUGUUUCGAGCUGUUGGAAAACUUCAGCCCGACCAUGUGGCAGAAGAUGAAGGCGAUGGCCUCUUCCAUCGCGAACGAAACCCCCACAAGCGGUAAGAUCUUCCGCGGAGAAGACAGGCCGUUCGCCCCGCCAGCGAUGAAAGCAGAGAUGCAGAAAUACAAAAGGAUCGUCCAAGACACCAAGGCCGAGCAAGCCGCCAAGAAGAAAAAAGAAGAACCGCCGAGACCAAAAUCACAUGCGGUUGUUCCAACCAAGAAGACGCCACAACCAGUGAGGCCAAAGACAGUCAAGCCACCAGAGACUGUCAAGAAGCCCUGGACACCAAAGGCAGUGGUCACUCCAAAGACGUUUAAGAACAAAAACUUUACCCUGUCGGAAAAACUGGUUGCCGGACGAGUCGGGAAGAAAUCACGGGAGUCUAUGAAGGACCUCAUCAUAAAACACGGAGGGACCCCAGUGCCCUUCGUCCAAAACUCCAUCCUUGUUUGCACGAAGGAAGAAUUUGAGAAGAAGACGGCGAAGGUCAGAGACGCCAAGGCGAACAAGAUACCCAUUGUGUUUGAAGAGUUCAUCUAUGACUCCAUCAAGGCCAAGAAGAUACUGGACAUUGAAGAAUACAGGUUUUCGUGAGAGUGCAGUGAUAUGCACCUUAGUGGUAUCCCUACAAAAAUAAGAAGUGCUCAAUGCACAUGAUGUGGUUUGGGGCAACGUUAGAAAAAUAUCUUAGGGCAACUAGAGCU